AUGGGUGGUCGAUGUGUCAAGAAACAUCCAAUCAGGGAAGGGGGCACUUUUAUGAAGCAUUUCCAUCCUAAAACCACCCUAGAAUUGAAAAGUUUUGCAAUUGAUGAUAGCCACUAUGCACAGCAACGCCAGAUGCCUGAGCCCCAGGAGGAGAUGCAGCUGAGUAGCCAGCACGUGGAUUCUCGAGCAGAGGCCAGGAUUGCAAAGCGCAUGUCUGCUCCUUCCUUGGAGCAUCAUGCCGAGAAACAAGCAUUAACUGAAGGUCAAAUUCACCAGGAAGAUGACAACGAUACUGAAACAGAUAAUUUCUUAAGCGCCAACAAACCUGGACUUGACGUCAAACAAAGAACGAUGCCUUCUCCAACAGAAGGACGUCAAACAAACCUGGCUAACUAUUUUAUGUCCCUGAGAAAAGACCCCGUCGUACACCAGAAAGUAUUAAAGAAAUUGCCAGAAUGCCACCGGGAACAGUUGGAAGAUAUCAUGAAACGCUUGACUGGUUGGUUUGUGCUUCUUCAUGCCAAGUACAAGGAAAACAAGAAGAAUAUGGCUGAUGGUCCAGUCUACCAGAUCCCUAAUUUGAGUCUCCAUCGAGCUGCCAACAAGACUAAGCACCAUUUCUCUGUGAAGAAAGAACUGAACAGCUUUUACAAGUCACACAAAUGCCACUGUGUCCGUUCAAUCAUUUGGGAGUUUAAACACCUAGACCUGGACUCGGAUAAGCAUAUUGAUCACAAUGAACUGUCUAAAAUAGAGAAGAAUGACAUGGAACCAUGCGUUAAACCUUUUAUUGAUUCCUGCGACAGGAACGGAGAUUCAAAAUUGACUCGUCAUGAGUGGUGUUGUUGUUUUGCUGCCGUGCGUCCCCCCUGCUUCACCCACCUGAGGAGACUGCAGUCUGAUGUAGCAAUGAAAUCAGCUACAUUUGUGCCUCAUUGUGACCGAGAUGGUUAUUAUGAAAAACGCCAAUGUCACAAGGGGAUCUGCUGGUGUGUCGACCUCAAUGGUAAUGAAAUCAGUGGCACCAGGACCAGAAGCACUCCUCAUUGUGAGAGACUGGACGUGAUGGGACAUCGCCGUAAACAUGUGUGA